AUGCACUUCACAAACCUACUCCCCAUGGCCGCCUUUGCUGGCCUGGCUCUGGCCUCGCCGGUGAAGGUCCGCAACGCCAACACAACCCCCGCCCCCAGCGCCGGUUCCCUACUUACAAAGGACGUCAUUCUUAAAGUCGCACCCAAAUCCGCCUCCUGCGCCGGUGUCACUGACUUCGCGGAGGAAUGCGCCACCGCAGACGAGGCCGUCAAGUUCCUCCCGGACGCCCUGGACAAGUACAACAUCACCUCGCCCGGCGAGAUUGCCGGCGUCCUCAGCCUGAUGGCCCUGGAGACGGGCGAGUUCCGCUUCGAGCGCAACCACUUUCCCAAGCCCGGCCGCCCCGGCCAGGGCACCCGCAACCUGCAAAUGCCCAAGUACAACCUGAUCUACGCCCGCUCCUUCCCGGAACUCAAGGAGAAGGCCGACGAUAUCGCCGGCUGCACCACUGACGCCAACACGCUGCCCGACGACAAGAAGAACGCCAUCCUCGACCUCGUCCUGCCCGACCAGUACUCCUGGGGCUCCGCCGCUUGGUUCUUGGCCACCCAGUGCGACGCAAAGACGCGCGAGGGGCUCAAGGAGGGCACCAUCAGGGGCUACACGCUCUACAUGGACUGCAUCGGCACCGCGCUGGAUGAUGACCGUGAGAAGUACUGGGUGGCGGCCAAGCAGGCCCUCAACGUUGCCUAA